CAGAUGGCACCAAUCUGUUUCUAAGGUAUCGCUUUACUGUACUUUAAACUAAGGACUUGUAUUUGUCAAGCAUUUCCCGUUGUGUUUCCGCGCAUUUACAAGUUAUUUUCUCUUCUUCUGAAAAAGAGACCUUGAGAUGGAGUUUCGCCAUGUUGCCCAGACUGGCUUUGAACUCUUGGCCCAAGCGAUCGCCUGCCUUGCCUUCCCCAAGUUCCAGGAUUACAGAAUUUGGACUCAUAUCAAGAUACUCUGAAGAAUAACAACCCUUUAGGAUAGCCACUGCAACAUCAUGACCAAAGACAAUGAACCUAUUGUGAAAAGCUCCUGUUUUGUUGGCCUUAUGAUCAUAAUAGUUGGAACCAUCAUCCAGUUCUCCGAUGAAAGUGAAUUUGCAGUAGACAAGUCAAAAAGAGGCCUUACUCAAGUUCCAAAAGACCUACCGCUGAAAACCAAAGUCUUAGAUAUGUCUCAGAACUACAUAUCUGAGCUUCAGGUUUCUGACGUGAGCUUUCUGUCAGAGUUGAAAGUUUUGAUACUUUCCCAUAACAGAAUCCAGCUACUUGAUUUCAGUGUCUUCAAGUUCAAUCAGGAUUUGGAAUACUUGGAUUUAUCUCAUAAUCAGUUGCAAAAGAUCUCUUGCCAUCCUGUUGUGAGUUUCAGGCAUUUAGAUCUCUCAUUCAAUGACUUCAAGGCCCUGCCCAUUUGUAAGGAAUUCGGCAACUUGUCGCAACUGAAUUUCUUGGGAUUGAGUGCUAUGAAGUUACAAAGAUUAGAUUUGCUGCCAGUUGCUCACUUGCAUCUAAGUUAUAUCCUUCUGGAUUUAAGAAAUUAUUAUGUGAAAGAAAAUGAGAAAGAAAGUCUACAAGUUCUGAAUGCAAAAACACUUCACCUUGUUUUUCACCCAAACAGUUUAUUCUCUAUCCAAGUGAGUAUAUCAGUUAAUACUCUAGGGUGCCUACAACUGACUAAUAUUAAAUUGAAUGAUGACAACUGUCAAGUUUUCAUUAAUUUUUUAUCAGAACUCACCCGAGGUCCAAACUUACUGAAUUUUACCCUCAACCACAUGGAAACAACUUGGAAAUGCCUGGUUAGAGUCUUUCAAUACCUUUGGCCCAAACCUGUGGAAUAUCUCAAUAUUUACAAUUUAACAAUAAUUGAAAGCAUUCACGAAGAAUAUUUUACUUAUUCUAAAACGACAUUGAAAGCAUUGAAAAUAGAACAUAUCACAAACCAAGUUUUUCUUUAUUCGCAGACAGCAUUGUACACAGUGUUUUCCGAGAUGAACAUUAUGAUGUUAACCAUUUCGGAUACACCAUUUAUACACAUGCUGUGUCCUCAUGCACCAAGCACAUUCAAGUUUUUGAACUUUACCCAGAAUGUUUUCACAGAUAGUAUUUUUGAAAAAUGUUCCACGUUAGUUAAAUUGGAGACACUUAUCUUACGAAAGAAUGGAUUAAAAGACCUUUUCAAAGUAGGUCUCAUGACUAAGGAGAUGCCAUCUUUGGAAAUAUUGGAUGUUAGCUGGAAUUCUUUGGAAUCUGGUAGACAUGAGGAAAACUGCACUUGGGUUGAGAGUAUAGUGGUGUUAAAUUUGUCUUCAAAUAUACUUACUGACUCUGUUUUCAGAUGUUUACCUCCCAGGAUCAAGGUACUUGAUCUUCACAGCAAUAAAAUAAAGAGCAUUCCUAAACAAGUCAUAAAACUGGAAGCUUUGCAGGAACUCAAUGUUGCUUUCAAUUAUUUAACCGACCUUCCUGGAUGUGGCAGCUUUAGCAGGCUUUCUGUAUUGAUCAUUGAUCACAAUUCAGUUUCCCACCCAUCAACUAAUUUCUUCCAGAGCUGCCAGACGAUGAAGUCAGUAAAAGCAGGGAACAAUCCAUUUCACUGUACCUGUGAUCUAAGAGAAUUUGUCAAAAAUAUAGGCCAAGUAUCAAGUGAAGUGAUAGAAGGCUGGCCUGAUUCUUAUAAGUGUGACUACCCAGAUGGUUAUAGAGGAACCCCACUGGAGGACUUUCACAUGUCUGAAUUAUCUUGCAACAUAACUCUGCUGAUCGUCACUAUUGGGGCCACCAUGCUGGUGUUGGCUGUGACUAUGACCUCCCUCUGCAUCUACUUGGAUCUGCCCUGGUAUCUCAGGAUGGUGUGCCAGUGGACCCAGACCCAACGCAGGGCCAGGAAUGUACCCUUAGAAGAACUCCAAAGAAAUCUCCAGUUUCAUGCUUUUAUUUCAUAUAGUGAACACGAUUCUUACUGGGUGAAAAAUGAAUUAGUACCAAACCUAGAGAAAGAAGGUAUGCAGAUUUGUCUCCAUGAGAGAAACUUUGUUCCUGGCAAGAGCAUUGUGGAAAACAUCAUCAACUGCAUUGAGAAGAGUUACAAGUCCAUCUUUGUCUUGUCUCCCAACUUUGUCCAGAGCGAGUGGUGCCAUUAUGAACUCUACUUUGCCCACCACAAUCUCUUCCAUGAAGGAUCUAAUAACUUAAUCCUCAUCUUGCUGGAACCCAUUCCACAGAACAGCAUUCCCAACAAGUACCACAAGCUGAGGGCUCUCAUGACACAGCGGACUUAUUUGGAAUGGCCCAAGGAGAAAAGCAAACGUGGGCUUUUUUGGGCUAACAUUAGAGCCGCUUUUCAUAUAAAAUUAACACUAGUCACUGAAAACAAUGAUGUGAAAUCUUAAAAAAAAUUAAGGAAAUCCAAUCUAAGAAACCAUUAUUUACUUGAAUUGUGUGAACAGUACAGUUCUAAGUAACUGUCUGGAGGUGUCUCGGUUAUCCUCAUGCCUUCAGGAAAGACUUAACAAAAAAAACAAUGUUUCAUCUGGGGAAUUAGGCUAGGGGGUGAGGUGGUACUCAACUUGCCAGUGAGAGACAGCCCAGUCUCUUUUGGUUUAAUCAUUAUGUUUCAAAUUGAAACAGUCUCUUUUGAGUAAAUGUUCAGUUUUUCAGUUCCUUUUCCAAAUGGAUUCUGUGUGAGCAACAGUUUAUAUGGCUUCAUGGCUGCAAGAAAACAGUCAACUUCAGCAUCAUAUGCUCUGGGCCUUAGAGUGCCCUGUGAAUCCUAUUGGUCUCUGGGUCAGCAUCAUUAUUUUCUUCAACUUUGGGGCUUGGGGAAAAAAUGAGAUCAGCUAUGACAUAUAAAAAAGUCUUUUGUUUCACGUAUGUGUAAUAGCUUAUUUAAUAUUUUAUCCUGCUACACAAAUAUAUAAUUAACCAAUGAGGUCUCAUGACAUAAUAGUGUAGGUAUGUAAAGGAAAAUAUGGACUUAGUAAUAAGCUGUUGAGGUGAAAGACGUAGAUUUAUAUACUUUCCAAGAAAACUCAGGGCCAAAUAUAUUUGUAACUAGAUAUUGAAUGGGACUUUUCUGGUUGUCUCAGAAUUCUGGCUGAAGCCUCAAAGCUGACAAAAGACAGUAAAUGCACCCACAUGAUACUAGACACAGCUGGCCUAGACUUAUAAAAAGAUCAGAAAGAGACCAAUGACUCCCAGUCCAUCCUAUCCAUCUCUAGAAGACUAGAGUCAAAAGAGUGAUUAAAGAGUCAUUAAGUGGAGGUUCUAGAUUAAGAGGGAGAUUGCUUUGAAUUUCUUGCAAAGACAAGUGUGAGGGGCUCUAAGCAUGGUAGAAGGUAGCCUGGAAUCCCACUCCAAGACUGAAAGCUUACAGAUUAACAGGAGCAUGCUGGUUCAGUGCAGCAGAUGGGGGUGGCUUGAAAGCUCUUGGAAGAGCUUCAUGAAUGCUGGAGUUUGGGAUGAGGAUGGGCACUGGCAACACAAAAACUGGUAAACAGUGCUUGGCAAAUACAA